GCCAGAAGCUGAAUACAUUGUCGACGCGCAACAGCAAGAAGCUGUCGAUGACAGGCGUGAGAAUCAUGUCGUGAGCAAUCCCAGUACAACUUCCAGGGGUCGCCCAGGAGCACGUGUGCAACAAAGUAGGGAGAGUCGUGCACGUACAGGGGACAGCGCACAGACAAGUGCCACAUUAACUCCAAGGCAUAGCGUGAAGACACUAUCACCUGAAAGACGGGAGGACCUUCAUAGGGAUGUUUUGGGUGAGCACGAGCAGGAGGAGUAUGACAAUGAGCAGCCUCGAGAAGAAGACUCUGGAGGCGAAGAUCACAUGAUAGGAGAUGCUCUUGUUCAAGCUCAUCAAGAAAUGACUCGACAAGUAGAGUCGACUGGGGAACAAGGAGGUCUACUAAAGUCCAAUAAUCUGUUGCUUGGAGGUGCAAAAAUUUCAGUUAACAGAUUCGGUGGCCCAGGC